CAGACUUUAGAAAUGGCGGUCGAAACCGAAGAGCAGUGGAAACGGGAGCUUCCAAAACAUGAUAUUUUCUCUAAAUUACAGGAACAGCGUAGUUUACAACAUAAUGGGUCAUCUAAAAGAUUGGUUAGAAAUCUUACAUUCUGUGUAGAUAGAGAUUUCUUUAUAUGGGAUGACACCGAUUGUGUAUUUUAUGCUACAAACCUCGGGGAAUUGAACGCCGGAGAUGGACUCAAUAGUUCAAAACAUCAGACUCUCCUUUGCAUCAAUCCACCGCUGUUUGAAGUGAGCCAGGUGCUGUUGAGUCCAACACAGUCCCAUGUCGCCCUAUUGGGACAGCGGGGCAUCACGGUGCUUGAGCUACCCCAGCGCUGGGGGAAACGCUCAGAGUUUGAGGGUGGACGAAUCCAGAUUAACUGCAAGACGGUCCCUGUGGCAGAGCGCCUGUUCACCAGUUCUGUCUCAGUCACGCUGCGGCAGGCUGUCUGGUAUCCCAGCGAGGCAGAGGAGCCCCAUCUGGUGCUGCUGACCUCGGACAACACCAUUAGGUUCUACAGCCUGAAGGAACCUCAAACUGCUGCCAAGAUUCUGUCUGUGGUCCAGGCAGAAGAUGACAGUCAAGCACCAUCACGAGGCCGUUCUUUUGCUGCAUCUCUGGGUGAGAUUGCGGUGGCGUUUGACUUCGGGCCCCUGGCGGACGCGUCUCGUCUCCUCACCAGCCAGCGUCUGAAGGACCAGCUCAUCAUCUAUCCGCUCUUCAUCCUCUACGAGACCGGGGAGACCUUCCUCAGCUACAUCUCCUUAACCCACAGUGUCGGCUGCCUGGGUAAGAUCCUGGGUCCUCUGCCCAUGAUCCCCGCUGCGGAGGACAACUACGGCUACGACGCUUGCUCGCUGCUCUGCCUGCCCUGCACGCCCAGCAUCCUCGUCAUCGCCACAGAAACCGGAACCCUCUACCACUGCAUCGUGCUGGAGAGUGAGGAGGAGGAAGAUGGCGGUCUGGCGGAGAGGUGGUCGCGGGGCUCUGAGACGGUGCCCUCCCUCUACGUGUUCGAGUGUGUGGAGCUGGAGCUCACCCUGAAGCUGGCACCCAAUGAGGAGGAGGAAGUCGUGGAGUCAGACUUCACCUGUCCAAUCAGACUGCACCGAGACCCCUUGUGCCAGUACAGAUACCACUGCACACAUGAGGCGGGGGUGCACAGUGUGGGCCUCACCUGGUUCAGCAAACUACGCAAGUUCCUACAGUCAGAUGAGGAGGACAAGGACAGCCUUCAGGAGUUUGCAGCAGAGCAGCGGUGCGUAGUGGAACACAUCCUCUGCACCAAGCCUCUCAACAACAGUCUGCCGGCCCCUGUGCAGGGCUUCUGGAUCGUGUCGGACCUGUCUCUGGAGGCCUGCAUGGUCUGCAUCACCAGCUCCUACGAGUGUCUACUGCUCCCCCUGCUGAGUGCCAUUCGGCCCGCUUCCCCUGCUCUGCUCUGCUCCGUCUCGGAGGCGGGGCCAGUGGGCUCUGCUCUGCGCGGAUUGGCUGAGGACUCCCUGGAGCAGCACAUUCGGACCAUAUUGGCGCGCAGCUCAGCCAAUCCUCUCACGCUGAGGACGGGUGCGAAGGGUGACUCGGCUCUGACCCCCGAGUGUCUUCAGCUGCUGAGUAGGGCCACUCAGGUGUUCCGUGAGGAGUACAUCCUAAAACAGGACCUGGCCCGCGAGGAGAUGCAGAGGAGGGUGAAACUCCUGGCUGCGCAGAAGAAUAAGCAGCUAGAAGACAUGUCCCUGUGUAGGGAGGAAAGGAAAAGUCUGUGUGAGACUGCAGAACGACUGGCGGAUAAAUAUGAAGAUGCCAAAUACAGACAAGAUGCCAUCAUGAAAAGAGUGAAGCGCAUCAUGAGUUGCCAGCGCAGUCAGCUGCCGGUGAUGUCCAACAGCGAGAAGGACAUGAGGAAGGAGAUGCAGACCAUCAACGACCAGCUGCAUCACCUCACCAACGCCAUCAAACAGGUGAACAUGAAGAUGGAUUACCAGAAGAAGCAGAUCAGCAAGGCGGCCUCUCCCGCCAGACCCAGCAUCGCCCUCAACGUACAGCAGAGGAAGUACGUCCAGGGGGUCCUCAAGGAACAAGGCGGACAGAUUGCAGAUAUGAUGAAACAAAUUAAGGAACUGAAGAACCAUGUACAUUUUUGAGUCUCUGAAUGGGAAGUGUUUUGUUAUUGACCGUUUUGUUAUUGAGCGUGUGGCCUCUCACCAAGCCACCAGCAUAAUUUAAUGGCAUGUAUUAUGAACUCUCACAGCCGGACGAAGGACUUUGACCUUGAAUUUGAAACAAUUGGAAGAUGUACAACAGCAGCCUAAUCAUGAUACACAUUUGUUACCCCCCCCCCUCCUCCUGUGAUGCUGAGUUUGUACAGUUUUAUGUAUUGUAUAGCUUCAUAUAUUCUGAAAUGUCUUUUUACAUGUCUGCCAUUUCUUAUCAUAGAAUAAAAUAAAAUAAACCUCUUUG